AUGAGCGUGCCGGCCUCUGGCCUGCUCUGGGCCUUACUCCUGCUCCUGCCCUCCUUCCCCGGGGUGCCCGGCUGUCUCCACUGCAACGCCCCUCUACGCCAGGCCCUGGCCGCCCUGAGGGCCCGCCUCAUCCCCAGCCACUUCCAAGCCCCGCGGCUGCGGGCAAGGGCCGGGGCCCUCCUGGAUGGCAUGUCGGGGGGCUUCUACCGCGACUACGCCACCCACCACUACGCCGGCCAAGUGGGGGUAACCCGCUUCAACCUAGUGCUGAAUUUGGCUACAAACAAGACGGAGGAGUUAAUGAGAACAACACUGACAGAGGGCCAUUUACUGGACAGACUCGUGGAAGUGCGAGCCGAGGUGGCACAGGCUCUGAAGAGGGCGUUGAAAGAGCAUCAAAACCGAGCCUGUGACCCCAACUACUGCAGCCAACUGAGUCUCCAGGUGCUGGACUGUCUGCGCUGCAAGAUGGAAAAGGCCGGCUGUCUGAGCCGCAGGCUCUGUUUCGGAGACCGGCAGCCUCGCCUGGUCCUGCGCUACGGGCCCCAGGGCCUCCCCAUCAAAGACCGGGCAGCGAAGGGCAGGGUGCUGGUCCUCACUCUGGCCGGCAUCAGCUUCGGGGUCAUGGUCACCGCGGCCCUGACUUACAGGAGCAACCGGCGGCUACUGCGGAACCCGAAAAAGAACAAGGCCAAUUUACAACAAUAAUCUUAUAAUAAAAAAAUGUU